UCUCUCUCUAGUCCGCUGCCGAGACACGGAGACGAAACACGUGAUUUUCGUUUUAUAAAGGGAAAGUUAUAAUUUUAUUAAAAAUUAAUCCCGUUGUCAUCGUCCAAUUUGGUUUGAAGAAUCGCACGCGAGAGCUUAAUUUUUGCCUCCCCGAAGACUCUUUUAUCAUCGCAAACGAAUGCGUGACCAGAGGCAGAGCUAACUUAACCAGGAUUAGAUUGAGGAGAGCAUUUCCGUGAUUACCGAAGGUAGCCGUUGAAAAGCGGCGCGUGGAUGAUCGAGGAACUUGCCUGAAACUCGUUUCGCGCUGCGUGCAUUUCAUCUCUGUGCACGCACGCCGAAAGCGCGUGAUGCUGCGUGCAGUGACCUGCGCGUUUAUGCAAUGACAUUAACGAGAGAGUAGUUGGCGGUGAACCUAAUCGCCCGCGGCUCCCGGAGGAAAUUGAGGAAUAAUCAGCCGCAGAGAACCGCAAAGAGAGAAGAGCAGUUUCUUUCUAUAAAAACUUUUCAAGAGUUUUCGCGAGGUUUCCCGUGGCUAAAAAUAAUCGAACCUGCCGUACGACUUUCGUGCGGUGCGAGAGAAAUCAAACGUCACAGUUCGGAUCGACGAAUUUACACGGACAGAUUUACACGGUGGGUGCAUCUAAUGAAGUCCCGAAGAUUACAUCGCGUUAACGAAGAAUAAUCGAUUGGCCGGAGAAUUUUUUUUCCGAGCAUCAGGUUUAUUUCUUGCGUAUCGAAGCGGCGGUCGAAUAUUUCGGACUACUGCGCAGAACGGUGACCGCUUUAGCGAAGGUUCGGCGCACCUGGAGAGGCAAUAUAACUGUCUAGCGGAUAUCGGCGAGUACGUCGCGAAUCGGUUUGGUAUUCGGCGCGCGGGAGGAGAGCGACCGCGUUUACCGAGAAAGGACGAGCGUAGCUGAGAGCUAGGCGGCGGCAGGUCUGCUCUCGCUCUGCGCUCUGCGUUAAACCUCUCCGUUUGUUCGCUUUCACCAAAGCCACGGUUUUGCACAUAACACGACGGCGGUUCUGGUAGUAUUCUCUGGUGUAAUAAAUCUAAUAGCGUGAGCCCGCGCGGAAUAACGGUUUACGACGAAUAUUACGACGAGACCGGGACGUGCUCGUUCCGCGGUCCCGCGAGAUCGUACGGCUGAGUGCCUUACGAAAUCGAUAACGAGAGGAUCGCAAAAGAGACAGCAGUCUCUGCAAAGAGAUAGAUAUGGAAUAUUAGAAAUACAUAUCAAAUAUAGAAAUUUAUCAAAAGUUCGGACGACGUCCCGGAGAAUUAAACAGACAGGAAAGCGAACGGAAAGAAGCAGGUGGAUAUUUUAACGUCACUUAUCCUAUCGAAUGAAGGAAGAUCAAAUCUGGGCGAGAGAAUAGACAAUUACCAUCGAUGUGCAGCGAGAUACCGAGGUCAUUGCUCGUCGUGUAUACAAACGCGAUUUCAUCACUCGAGUGAUCGAUAAGAAGCGCAAGAUUCCAACGGGGUCAUCACGUUGAUGGCGAUGUCGCUAGCGUGAAGACACGAGUCGCGGAGUUGCUCGUGUAUAUCGCGCUUCGUCGGGUUGUGCAUCACUUCUCUCUCCCUCUCUCUUUCUAUUUAUCUUUCAAAAAGAAGCCAAACAGCGCAGUAAAAAGCCGGCAAGCUGGAUGCUACAGACGGUGCCUCGCCCCCUCCGCCCCCGCCCGACAUUACUGUCACGCAGGAUGACCGCUUCGGGAAGCGGACGGGUGGCAGUGCCAGGCGACCCAACGAGUGCUUCGUCCUCGAGCCCUCCGAGAUGAUUGUCAUCGAUUAUCCGGAAGUUCAUGGCGGAGGAAGGAUGCAUCGACCACCGCACCCGCAUCCCAUAACCGACCACCGUCAGGUCAACCUGGUCUUCGAUGAUACGUUCUCACAGGGCCUGACAGGCAGGCCAGAGUUGUACCAGAAAUCAAAUAGAAGCAGUCAUUCGAGUGACACAAGUUCAGCAUACAGUGGAUCUGACACAAUGACAUCAGUACAAAGUUCAUUAGACGCGGAUCCCGACGAGGUGGAUCUCUCUGGUCUGGUCGAAUCCAUUGUCGACAGCGAUGAAGAGGAAGAUCUAGCAGAAAGCAUGGAUAGUUUAACAGUGCGCGAUCCUGUACGAGAAUGUUUAGAGAAGGACCCUGUUGAGAGAACGGAGGACGACAUAGAGAUACUUUUGGAAUUCACACAACAGUUGAAAGCUUUCACAAAUAUGACUUUGGCCGUUAGAAGAGCGCUGUGCGCUGUAAUGGUAUUUGCAGUGGUCGAUCGAGCCGGUAUGGUGGUCUUGAAUGAUGGCGAGGAGCUCGAUAGUUGGAGCGUGUUGAUUAACGGUGCUGUCGAGAUUGAGCACAGCAAUGGUGAAAUUGAACAGCUCGGUCUUGGAGACAGCUUCGGUAUCUUGCCUACUAUGGAAAGACUAUUACAUCGCGGAGUUAUGAGAACAAAAUGCGACGAUUGCCAAUUUGUUUGCGUCACACAAGCAGAUUAUUUUCGAAUUCAACAUCAAGGCGAAGAGAAUACUAGGAGACACGAAGAGAAUGGAAGAGUAAUUUUAGUGACAGAGUUACGAGGAGCUUUGGACGGUGCCGCGCGAAGAGGUCACGUGGUGAUACGGGGAACGCCGGAACGUUUAAUGUUACAGCUCAUCGAAGAAAACAGUAUUACAGAUCCUACUUAUGUAGAAGACUUUUUAUUGACUCAUCGAACGUUCAUCGAUAGCCCGUUGUUGGUCGCAAGUCAAUUGUUGGAAUGGUUCGAUCAAGCACAAGUGCGAGAUCGUGUUGCUCGCGUCGUACUCUUAUGGGUGAAUAAUCAUUUUACUGAUUUCGAGACUGAUCCAGCGAUGAUGGAAUUUUUAGAAGCAUUCGAAACCGGACUGGAAAGAGAAAAAAUGCUAGGACAACAAAGGUUAUUAAAUAUUGCAUGUGCGGCGAAAGCGAGAACGCGGAAUGUAACAUUAGCGAGACCAAACAGAGACGAAGUCCUAAAUUUUAGCAUAUUAGGAGGAUUUGAGAGAGGUUUCGGUAUAUUUAUUUCAAAAGUUGACAAGAGAUCUAAGGCUGAAGAUGUUGGUUUAAAAAGGGGUGACCAGAUCUUAGAAGUGAACGGUCAAAGUUUCGAGCAUGUGAAUCACGCGAAAGCACUUGAUAUUCUGAGAGCUUCUACGCAUCUCAGCAUAACUGUAAAAUCUAAUUUACUUGCUUUCAAAGAAAUGCUUCAGAUGCCAGAUAACUCUCCGAGACCCCGAGGUAGGUCAAGUAAGCCGGAAAUACCCAGGCUUCAGUCAGAUCCACGUGCUAGACUGUCGACGCAUGUAGAUCCUAUGACUGCCGUGAAUCCUUUAAAUCCCAUGAUUGGUGGAGUACCAUUGUUAAUUCCCGAUAACAAUGUAUCGCCAUGCAAAGAUGCCAAAAAAGAGCACAAAGGAUUUAUGACUCUUGGACCCAAGCGACGAUUACAAAAAGCACUUAUGAAAAUGAAUAUACUGCCAAAGAACACAAUCAACGACGGUGUACACAUGGACGAUUCUCUUGCACCACCACAUACGCCACCGGGAACAGGGCUUUCGCAAACAACCACUAAUCUCUAUCACUCAAAGAGUAAUCCAGAUCUUACUUCACUUUAUUGUUAUGAUGAUUUAAGAGCAAACGAUUAUCCCGAACACGUGCUCAAGGUAUACAAAGCAGAUCAAACCUGCAAAUAUCUUCUUAUCCACAAAGAAACGACGGCACAUGAGGUGGUAAUGCUUGCGCUUCAAGAAUUUGGUAUAACGGAAAGCAGUUCAAACUUUUCUCUAGCAGAAGUGAGUGUCGGCGAAGGUGGCAUGAUCAAGCAGCGUAGAUUACCAGAUCAAUUGCAGAAUCUUGCGGAAAGAAUCGGAUUGAGUUCCCGAUACUAUUUGAAAACUAAUGGAAUUUCCGAAACUUUAGUAGCCGACGAUCAAGCUCCGGAACUCAUUCGAGAAUCUCAAGUUCAUUUCUUGCAAUUGAACGCCGUGGAGGUGGCGAUACAACUGACUCUACAAGAUUUUAGUAUAUUUAGACAAAUCGAGUCCACAGAAUAUGUGGAUGAUUUGUUUGAAUUGAAGAGCAGGUAUGGCGUGCCUAUGCUCAGUCAAUUUGCAGAACUAGUCAACAGAGAAAUGUUUUGGGUUGUAACAGAAGUCUGUUCCGAGCAUAAUCUCGUGCGGCGCAGUAAGAUUAUAAAACAAUUUAUCAAAAUAGCGCGUCAAUGUAAGGAGUGCAAAAAUUUCAAUUCAAUGUUCGCAAUCGUAUCCGGUUUGGGCCAUGGUGCGGUGUCAAGAUUAAGAGCCUCGUGGGAAAAACUGCCAACUAAAUAUCAAAGAUUAUUUAGUGAUUUGCAGGAAUUAAUGGAUCCCAGCCGCAACAUGAGUAAAUAUCGGCAAUUGGUGGCAUCUGAGCAAACACAACCACCAAUAAUACCAUUUUAUCCGGUCGUGAAAAAGGAUUUGACUUUCAUACAUCUUGGUAAUGAUUCGAGAGUAGAAGGUUUGGUAAACUUUGAGAAACUCAGAAUGAUUGCUAAAGAAGUGAGAACACUGACAAACAUGUGCUCUUCACCCUAUGAUUUACUAACUAUGUUGGAGAGAGGCGGGCAACCACCGAGUUCUGCGAUGGUUGCUUUGAAUCAAAUGACCACUGGCAAUCAGGGCGGCCAAACUGCGACGGUGAAACGACGAAAGAAAUCCACGGCCGCACCAAAUCCGAAGAAAAUGUUUGAGGAAGCACAGAUGGUCCGAAGAGUGAAGGCCUAUCUUGCGAACAUGAAAGUAAUCACGGAUGAAGAGCGACUGCAUCAACUUUCCGUUGAUUGUGAACCGCACGCAGGAGCAGUUGCAGUCGCCGCUGCGGUUCCGCUGAGUGGCAGUCGAGGAAGAAGGCAUCCGUCACCUACUUUGUCGACUACUAGUAGCGCCAGCAGCACUAGCGAAGGCAGGAAAAGUAUACAAGGUACAAAAUUCGGCGCUGCGUCACCACAGGCGGUUAGGAAAAUGCUGGCUCUGUCAGAUCCCCACAAGACACGACCAUAUCAACCUAAACAUUGUCCACCGCCGCUACCGGUACCGGGAUUGGCUCUACACUCGAGCGGUUUAGAGCCUAGUCCAGGUGCACCUAGAAGAGUAGGAUCCGGCAGCAGAGUACCAAUGCACGAGCGAUCCCAUAGUGAUACACCCGCUAGUCUACCGCCGCCUGUUGAUCUCAGUGCGGAGAGCAGUAGUGUAACUAGCUUGAGCAAUCUUCAACCGCUGAGGAAAACCUUGACAAGCGGUUCGGUGACGAGCAGUGACAGCGGUCAUAGCACUCAGCUGGACAGCCACAGUGGGAGCAGCGUGGAAGCGGGCGGCAGCCCACCGCCACCGCAAAGACGACACUCUGCUCUGCAAGGGUCUGUUAUAAGAGGCGGAGCGCCUCCGUUUCCUCAUGCGGUAGCGGUGUUACCUCCGCUUCCUGCCAAUCAGAAUCACAACCACAAUCAUCAUCACCACCAUCACCAUCAUUAUCAUCAUCAACAACAUUAUCACGAUCAUCAUCAUCAUCACCAACCCCCAACUCCUCAAGGUACUACGGGAUUAAGCAUGGGCCUAGGGAUGCCAGCUCCGCUACCACCGCCCGGAGCGGGGACCACGACCAUAAUGACGACUAUGGGCACCAUGUCGUCGGCCAACAUGUCGUCGAUCACAACGAUGCGACCUGGCAUGAGUAGCGCGCCGCAGUGCCGUCAACCACCGGCGUACAAAGUCGCGCAACAGAUGGCAAGAUUGCACAGACUCGGUCGUGCUAACAGCCACGAGGGGGUCACUUAUCGAACCACCGAUCAUGAAGAUGAUGACGAAGACGCCCAAGUGUCGGCGGUUUAAGUGGUCCACGAAUCUCGCCGGUUACCGUUUUAGUUGUUUGUCGUAUUAUUUCUUUUACAUGGUCAAAAUCGUUUUUAGAUACCAUGUGCGAAACGAAAAGAGAAUGGUAGGAACGACAGGCAAAGUUUUUUUUCUAUAAAUGUGGUUUCAUAUUCGAUAGCCAAUAUCUUAUUCGAUGGUGUAUUUGGCCGUUAAUAUAUCGAUCUUUUAAGACACGUGGGAAAUGUUUUGCGUGGACAAAACCUACUAUGCUUUACUGCAAGAUAAAGGCGUUUAUUUUUAUUUAAGUAGAACGCUUGUCUUCCAAGGAUCCCCGUGACAAAUCUGGAACCAUCGAGAGAAUCUCAAGCGUUAAAAUAUUUAUACAAUGUACUGUGGAAAGUAUCAAAUAGUUAAUGAAUGCCGGUAAGCAAGAGACGGGGUAUAUAGGAGAGUAUUUUUCUUUUAUUAGACUGAAGGGGAACACUUCUCGAGUUGUUAGAUGUUUGUAAGCUCUCAUGAGGUGACGAGAAAGCGAUCAUAAUAUUCUAUAUAAAUGUGUAAUAAAACCGAGUCCAAAGAUGUUAUAUAUAUACUGCGCGUGUCGCCAGAGAAAGUCUGAAUAUGACGACGUGUCCUGUAAUAUAUAUAUACUUGGUAGGUUAAUCUUUAGUGUCCCGUAGUAAUGUAAGUUGGUGUAAAUAGUAUAGCGUUAUAUAAAAUUUAGUGAGGGGAAGCAGGGAUACACGAAGGAUAAGACAAAGAUUCAAUGUGAAAUGUUUAGGAUCGCGCGGUUGACUCUCGUGUCACGAUCGCGUAUCACCGACAUUUUACAGGUUUAAGAAUUACGCCUCUUUUUUUAUUGAAAUAAGAAAAUAGAAACAUUUCUAAUUGUUUCAGAUUUAAUUCGAAACCAUCUUUUCUAUUUUAAUCGCCUUGCUUUUAAAAAAUUUCUAUUAUCAAUCUGGCUUAGAUGAUUUAAAUUUUACAAAAGAAGUUAAUAGUUUUAUGCUUUUUUGUUAAAUUUUAAUGAUGAAUGAUCAAGUACAAAAAAAAAAAAAAAAUUUCUCGAAGAUUAACUGGCCACGAUCGAGAUUAUAGUUUUACAUAACAGUGUAAAUUUUUUAAUCUCUCGCAUUUAUAAGUCACGAAAAAUUAUACUUUACUCCAUCUAUUUUUACGAAACACACAUAACGAAUUUUAACUCGCAAGUAAUUCAUUGUUUUCUCAAUUUCACCAUCUUUCGUUCGAUACUUUAUUCAAUGUUAUCAUCAGGUUUACAUCUUUCGUUAUUUUAUCAAUAUCGGUAACUGUUAAUUUUAUUCUUGCGCAAUGUGUGUGAAAGGAACCUCUUUAGAUCGUAUAUCAUAGAAUUCGAGGGCAAGGGCGAAAAGGAAGAAAAGCAAAUAAAAUUUUUCGCUACUUUACAUGUCGGUACGGAAAAAGCGGUUUAUCCUUAUUAUAGUAAGUUUAUCCAUGUAUAUUACAUACACAUAGAAAUUCGUGUAUACACGACACACAUUCACAUACCCACGCAGAUAUAUGCUCUUGUCCAUUUAUAUGAGACGUGAGUCCUUUUGCAAGUAUUAUAAAGGAACUGUAAUUCGCGUACACGAUGUGUAUCGACGCGUUAGCAAAGAGGGCCUAAUUACCCAGGCACCGUUUUUGCGAUUGUCAAGUAUGCGGAAAAUGAAAGAGUGCGCGAGAGAAGGAGAGAAUGUGAAAUGAGUGAGUAUGUGUGUGUGCAUGUAAGAAAGUGAGAGAACGAAAGAGUAUCGAGAGUCAACACAGUACUUUCCUGGAUACUCGGAUCUCUAUCAUUAAUUACAUUCCAAACUUCGUCUUGCCGUGUUUUGUAGACCCUCGACACAUUUUCCUCUUUUGACUGUUUAAAAAAAAAAAAGAGAAGAAAGAAAAGGAAUCUUCAUUUAAUGGACUGCCAUUAAAUAUUGUUAUUGCUUAUUUUUUUCCCUUUUCAAUGUUUUCUUCUUUUUUUUUUUUUUAUUAAAAGACCAAUUUCGACAUCCACGAAGACUGUGUGUGACUCUUCGACGUUAAUAUCCAGUGAUCUCGAAGGAUCGGGAGGGAAUGUGGUCCAGCUCGGUCUUUCGGGACAUGGGAGAAUUCAAUAUAUUUACUUCAUAUUCAAAUAUUAUAUCUCUUUGUACAUAUCCUAACGACUUUUAAACAUUAAUAUCCAACGUUCUCGAAGAAACUUUUAAGCGUAUUUACCAGUAAUUAAGGUUCUUCGUAAAAUGCAGUAUCAGAACUAAAUCAAUUUCUUUCUUCAGUUUUGACGCGACAAAUCUAUUUUUUUUUCUCCUUCCGUCAUCUUUUUAAGACAUACCAGGCUCUACGUGCAUUCCACGUGCAUUUAUUUAUUACUUUCGGAAAGAAUAUCGAUGAAUUUUUACCGAGAAAUCUGUGAAUGUGUGUUUUUAUUUUACAUAAUUAUUGGCACAUAUCUAACAAUUUUCAAAUAUAAGAAUCUCUUAUAUAAAAAAACAACUUUUCAUGUAUAACAGAAUAAAAUAUAUAUGGAUUAUAAGUGUGUUGCGUGUAUUGGGAUGCAGAAUUCUCGGUGAAAAUUCUAUCUUUGAGUAUCUUGGUAAAUUUGUGAAACUUUAGUAGCGAUAUAAAUCAAGUCUCGAAGUGAAGAAGCCUGGAUGCGUGAUUUGAUUUUUGCUCUUUUUCUUUUAGAGAAAUUCUGUUCGUAACAGUACAAUACAAGCAAGUGAGAAUGUUUGUUAUUCGGGAAACGAAAGUUAAGACGGGUCACACCUUUUCUCGCUCAGCGUCUCUUUCUAUUUUUUUUUUAUUUAUACCACGCCUUGUUCUGUUAUUUUAAUUAUUUAUAACCCCGAGAUAUUCGGCUAUAUAUAUAUAUAUAAAACGCGGUCAGCAAACGACAGAAAAUCUUUUGUAUUUAAUUUGUUUAAUAAAACUUGAAUCAUAGUACAAAAAAAAAAAUGUCUCCCGUCUUUUCAGUUUCGUUCGUUUGUUCGUUGACCCUAUCCCGCAUCGAAAUCCAUUUCCCGCGCUUAUUUAUUAACGCUUUACAACAGUACAAAGACCAACACCUUAGCCAAAUUCUUUAAGAUAUACGUAUGUAUACAGGCUAGUUUUGCGUGAACUGACUCUGUCGCACGUUUUGAAAAGUAGGAGAAACGAGGUAGGAGAAUCAUCGCAAAGGAUGUAUGUUUGAAAAAAAUAAGAAACUUUUAUCGACACGUAAAGAUUAUCGUGAAAAAUAAUUUUAUUGCAUCUUUCUAGAGAUGCAACAAUUUAUUCUUCCGAGUCUCUUGGACGUUCUUCAGAUGUACUUUAUGUUUCUUUAAAUUUGCAAAAGAUGUCAAAUUUAAAAUAUUGCCCCUUAUAUGUAUAUUGGUUGCUUUAUCUCUAAUAUCUUUUGAUAGAUGCGAUUGUGUCACUUUACGCCCUGUAUCACGAUUUUGUAUAUACAUAGAAUCUCGAAUAUAUGUUUAAGUUUCGAAUUUCAUUUUCAUUAGUAAACCGCUACGUAUGGUAUUUUAUUGGUAAUAAUAUAAAUAUACACAUCGAAGUUUUAAAUUAAUUAUUUAUCAAUAAUUUAUAAAUAUAAUAUAUAUUUAUUAGGAAAUGAAAAGCUAAGCGCUUUUCGAGAUACAAAAGGACCAGGGAGAAGCUUGUUAAUUUCUCUCAUGAAUAUGUUCUUAAAAUUGUAGUGUUUUCGAAAAGAAUAUUUCGACGAACUCUAAUCAUAAUCUGUACCGUGCGUAGCGGAUCAUCCGUUGGAACGAAGUUGAUAGGUGAAACUACUGCUACUAUUUUGUACGAUACGAUGUUUUGUAUAUCUGUCUACCGUAUGUGUAGAUGCGAGAGAGUCUACCGAUUACUAUAUAUAUAUAUAUAUAAUAAGUAAAAAUACAUAUUUCGAAUACACAUAUUUAAGAUUACCAUUUAUAGACUUACGCGGGCCUCAGCUAUACCCGCGAAGAGUCGCGCGCAUAGGUGUUUUAGUCCCAACAUUUAAUGUACACCUGUAAAUCCCUCCCAGCAAACACAAUAUAUGAAUAAUUAAAGGAUUGGUAAAGACUC